GAGCAAGAUCACUACUCUAUCCUGGGCCUCCAAGCCAAGGCGAGUCAGACAGAGGUGAAGAAGGCAUACCGGAGCCUUUGCAAGAGGUAUCAUCCAGACAAGGCGCAUCACUUGGACGAGUCCACAAAGAGAGAGCGAGAAGCACAGAUGGUGAAGCUCAAUGUUGCCUAUCAGGUACUUAACUCACCCAAACAGCGCCUCGAGUAUGACCUCGCGCAGCCCUUCCCAGAUGAUUUCAGACCAGCGCCCGAGUCUGGAGGAGACAUCCCGUUCACUGCGGGCCACCGCUCCACGACGCCAAAUCAGACCAGGUCUUCGAUGGGCUCCGCCAACCCAGGAACCCGAUUUCGUUACCCGUACUCGGCGAAGUACACGCAACGAAGUCGUCAGGCUCGUCGUAUGGACCCCUCUCAGUACACCACACACGUGGAUGGUUUGGCUGCCGAAUUCAUGGGAAGGUCGCCGACAGCGCAACGAGAAGAGGGAAGGUUCUCUCCAGUAAACGAUCCAGACUUUGACAUGCCAAUGCCGUGGGAAAAGCGUGAGAUGGAUCUCGCGCGUGAGUGGAUGCAGGCUUUCUGUCCAGAGGAACCUCCUGAGGAGCAGUACCAGUGGACUCGAGCAUCUGACCAAUUCCUUCGAAAUCUGAAGGAAAAACGUCAGCAGCGAAGCCGUGGGGACUCCGGAAAAGAGGAGCCACCCUGGCAGCCCGCCCCAUUGCAUGCCUAG